GCGUGCUAGAUUGGAGCAACAUACCAAAAUAUUCGCGUCUAUGUGUCCCGAUGAAAUCCUCGAUCAUUAUGACAAUUACGAGACCAGAGAAUAUGACACAACGUUGAUGCUCGGCGAUGUUUCAGGAUUCACAGAUCUCACAGAAAAAUACACGAAGACCGGUGUUGGUGGUCCGUCUAAGUUAUCGGAAACUUUGAACAGCUACAUCGGCGCGAUGGUGCAGGAAAUUCUUUCUCAUAAUGGGGAUGUUGUGAAAUUUUCCGGCGAUGCGUUUAUAGUAAUGUGGAAACUCCAAGAAGGGAUGCUUAUGCGCGAUAUCGCGACGGAGGCAAUGCAAACUGCAUGCAUCAUACAGAAACAUUUUGGAACCUAUAACACUGACGUUGGUGUAACACUCAGAGUAAAACUUGCCAUUGCUUCCGGAAUAACGUAUUUCACGUCUAUUGGCGAUCCAGAAACGAUGUCUUAUUAUGUCAUUACUGGAAAACCUGUUUGGGAUGUUAAAUUUGCCGAAGGAUUAUGCAGAGGUGGCGAUAUUCUUGUGGCACCCAGUAGUUGGCAAUGGGCAAAUCCUAGCGAAUAUGUUUAUGAAAAGUUACCGGACGGUAUACAUAUUCUGAUCAUAGCUUGCUCAGCAAUGUGGUAUCAAUCUAGACCUCACAAUAUUCACAAUGUGAGGCCCAAAGUUAUAAAGGCAGCUAAAGAGGGAUUGAAAGAUUCAUUGAGAAGCUAUAUGCUUAGACCAGUAAUACGGUCAGUAGAAAUGGGGGAGCCAUUAGAAUACCUCACAGAGAUGAGGCAAGUAGUUAUACUCUUCAUCAACAUUAUUACAACGGUCAUGGAUAACGAAGAAUUGAUCUCGCUCGUUAACACGGCUUAUAAAUUAGUCUGUGGGGUAGUUUGUGAGAUGAACGGAUGUGUGAACAAGACAUCUCUUUUCGACAAAGACCUAAUAUUUCUUUGCAUAUUUGGACUGCGGGGCGACAAACACGUGUUGGAAUCACAGAUUGGAUUGAGAUGCGCCAGUAGGGUGCGGCAGGAUCUUUUAGCGAUAAAAAAUGUACAAUUCGUGACGAUCGCUGUUACCACCGGAAUGACAUAUUGCGGUGUAGUCGGUCAUAUUUUACGGAGGGAAUAUACUGUGAUCGGAAUGUCAGUGAACAAAGCAGCCCGUUUAAUGGUCGCAUACAAUAACAAAGUAAUAUGCGAUCGAGAGAGUUUUUUGCGCUCUCGUCUUGAAGCGAGACAUUUUAUAUUGCAAGAGCCAAGACAUCUGAAAGGAAUCACAAAUGUCGGUCCAGUUUAUGAGUUUCAAGAACAGAUAAAAUUUACUACGCCUGAAUUAAUACGGAAAAAGUAUCCUUUGCUUGGACGACAAGAGGAGAUCAAAAUUUUUCAACAAAUGUUAUCAAAUCUGAUAACACGUUUUACUGUGGAUGUAACAACGCAACAUUUGCAGCUCGAACACAAUAUGCUGAUUAUAAAAGGUGAACCGAGAAUCGGCAAGACGAGAUUGUUGGAUGAAAUUGCACAGAAUAUACCUGAAAGUAUACCACGCAACUAUAUUUCCUUGGUUAUGAGCGAUGCUAAGACUUCUUACAGUUUGAUCCACCUGAUAUUUUCCAUACCGUUGGGCUUCAGUGUCGUCACCACCCCGAGAGAGCGUGAAGAAAUAUUGAUGUCACGACUAGGCCGUAUACGCAAACCAGAAUUUCUUUGUGCCCUUAAUCAGCCCUUCAACGUGCAUUUUAUGAUGAAUUCACACUACACAGCGCUAUCCAGGAAGCAAAAACACAAUGUGUUGCGCAAGUUUCUACUGAAAUUAAUGAGAAACUGCUUCAGGAAGCUAUGGGUGAUAAUUAUCGACGACACUCAGCAUAGUGACAAUGAUUCUAUGAAAUUGUUUCGUACGAUGAUCAAGCAAAACACAGUCUUCUUUAUCCUCAGUUUUGGACGUAUGUUCAACGGCGAGUACGAAAUAUACCCCGAUAUUUUGGAGAGGGCACGAAUCAUCGAAUUGAGUUGCAUAGACAAAUGGUACCACGCAGCGCUUGCAUGUCAGUUCCUUGAUGCAAGCGGAAUUCCUCCAGAACUCGAGAGAUUGAUUCAAGAAAAAAGUUUUGGUAAUCCAGGAUGGAUAGAAAGUUAUUUGCUGAGUCUCACGCAAUCUGGUAGUCUUGUAACAGUGCAUAUCAGCAAAAUGAUUGCCGAGGAAAUAGGUUAUAACAAUUCAGUGUCUUCAAUGAGGUUGCAAACCAUCAUUCACCAAACGAAAAUACCAAUUUAUGAUGAAGAAACAAUUGCUGUUUGCAAAUUUACAGAAGGUUUUGUAUCAGAAGAGGGAGAUGCUGAAAUAACGAUGGACGCUGUCAAGAAACUCUUUGAGAUUCGAAUCUUUGGAUGCGCACGAGGCGAUUUUACGAGCGGUAGACCGCUGGUAUUCAAUAGAAAUAUAAAGGAACCUAUUCUCGAGACACAAAUUGCGUGCGAAUGUGUGGCUCUUAUGAUACCAGGAAAACAAGAUAUAAUCUUGACGGCGAUUUUAGAAUUCGUGGAGAUCUGUUUAGCAAAUAAUAAUGUACCUCAAGCUCGCAGACUUCUGAGUGAUGCUGAAACUCUGGUUCAACAAAUGGUCGAGUCCAAUGAAGAGAAAUCAAUCUUCCUAUGUUAUCUCACCGCAAAAAUUCAGACGUUUCAAGGUAAAUGUCAUUUGGAAAGCGGUUUAAUUUCCGAAGCAAGAAGGAAGCUAAAAGAGGCAAUGCGCAGUCUAGGCUAUCAUUUUCCUCAACGCAAAUUCACAAUCGACUUGAAGUCUACGACUCAACUCGAACUGCUAAGAUGGAGAUUGAUCUGUCCUAAAUGUUGGAAUAUUAACAUCGCCGAUGAACUUACUAUAAAUUAUAUCGAACAACUGGCUAAUUGUUUGGCACUGAUAUUUGUUGUUUUCAGAGGAACAAAAGAUAUGAAAAAACAUGCACGGCUAGCGACCAUUUGGAGCUUAAAUGCUGCACUGGAUGCGUCAAAUGAUUUUCUCACACUCUGCACUUCGUUCACGAACAUGAUGAUCAUUGCCCACGUCUACCAAACCAAGUCAAUUGUUCCUUAUUUGGAAAAAGAGGCUCUCAGUAUCUGUGCGAAGAAAAGAGAUUCACUUGAACUUCAAGAACUUAAAGUCAUCGCUGAACUUUAUGCAGGGAUAUUUUUUUCGCGAUGGUUGAGAGGAGAAAUCCACAAAGCGAUCAGAAUCGGCUUUAUCACAAUGAGGAUGGCACAAACUAUGGACUCUAUGUUCCUUAAAUUGCUCAUACUACCGAGAUUAGUACACUUGCUCAUGAUUUCAUGUCGUCAUUCGGAAGUCGUGACUUUGCUAAGAGAGUUAGAAUUUGUAUCGCGAAAUGAUUUGGAUAAAUCAAGUCGGACUUGGUAUUACGCCAUGUGUACUGAUGUGCAACUCGAUACCGGUCUCACAGUAUUGUCGUUUCAAAAUUGCGAUGAAUAUUAUAUUCAAGAAGGAGAGACCAUAAUCAGCCUCCACGAUCCCGAAGCGGAAAGGAGAUAUUUCACGUCUAUGUGGUUGUGGUGCAUUAGAACGCAGCCGAAAGUUGGGAACAGCAGGAACGUGACGGCUGAGAGUGUAGCGGAUGAGCACAAGGUGGCAGCGACAAUUACUGCGUUGAAGAAACUCGAGGGACUGUUAAUUUUAUACGGUAAAGUAGAUGAAUAUUUAAAUAUUAUAUAUAUGUAUUUGCACAAUAUUCAAAUAAUAAUCUCAAUACACACAUAUAUGUAUACAUAUAUAUACAUAUAUAUAUAA